GAUUUUUCGAGAAGGAGACAUUUACUUGUGCAGGAUUUUGGAAGACGAGCUACCUACCUCCCGUCGUCCGUCUUUGGUCAGCCAAGGUGGAGACAGGCUACCGCCCCUCUAGCCCGAGAGGCCGCGCAACGACUGCAACUGCGCGCGGCUGCGGACGCCUUCAAGCCUGCCCCUUCCGGCCGACUGUUGCGGGGCGUGGCGGUGGUGGCAAGAUGGCGGCGUCCGAGAAAAUAAUGUUUCCGGAGAAGCUAAGCCACAAAAAGUACAGGGCCGCCCUGAAGAAGGAGAAACGAAAGAAACGUCGGCAGGAACUCGCUCGACUGAGAGACUCAGGACUCUCACAGAAGGAGGAGGAGGAGACAGCGGCGGAUGCCUUUAUUGAAGAACAACGACGAGAAGAAGAGAGGCUGCUGGAGAGAGAGAGGCAAAAAUUACAUGAGGAGUGGUUGCUGCGGGAACAGAAGGCACAAGAAGAAUUCAGAAUAAAGAAGGAAAAGGAAGAGGCAGCUAGAAAACGGCAGGAAGAGCAAGAGAGAAAGUUAAAGGAAGAAUGGGAAGAACAGCAGAGAAAAGAGAGAGAAGAGGAGCAGCAGAAGCUACAGGAGAAGAAGGAAAGAGAGGAAGCUGUGCAGAAGAUGCUGGAGCAGGCUGAAAAUGAGUUGGAAAAUGGCACCACAUGGCAAAACCCAGAACCACCCAUGGAAUUGAGGAUAAUGGAAAAAGAUCGAGCUAAUUGUCCAUUCUACAGUAAAACAGGAGCUUGCAGAUUCGGAGAUAGGUGUUCACGUAAACACAAUUUCCCGGCAUCAAGUCCCACCCUUCUUAUUAAAAGCAUGUUUACGACAUUCGGGAUGGAGCAGUGCAGAAGGGACGACUAUGACCCCGACGCAAGUCUGGAGUACAGCGAAGAGGAAACCUACCAGCAGUUCCUGGACUUCUAUGACGAUGUGCUCCCCGAGUUCAAGAACGUGGGGAAAGUGAUACAGUUCAAGGUCAGCUGCAACUUGGAACCUCAUCUGAGGGGCAAUGUGUAUGUUCAAUAUCAAUCGGAAGAAGAAUGCCAAGCAGCCCUUUCUCUGUUUAAUGGACGGUGGUACGCGGGAAGACAGCUUCAGUGCGAAUUCUGCCCAGUGACCCGAUGGAAAAUGGCAAUUUGUGGUUUAUUUGAAAUACAGCAGUGUCCAAGAGGGAAACACUGCAACUUUCUUCACGUGUUCAGAAAUCCCAACAAUGAAUUUUGGGAAGCGAAUCGAGACAUGUACCUGUCUCCGGAUCGGACUGGCUCCUGCUUCAGUAAGAACUCAGAGAGGAGAGAGCGGCCGGGCCGCCACGACGACUACUACAGUAGGCCGCGGAGGAGGAGGAGCCCCGGGCCGGCCCACUCCUACAAGAGGAACGGGGAGGCCGAGAGGAGGAGGAGGAGGAGGAGCCACGGGGGCAAGAAAUCCCACAAGCACGCGUCCAAAAGCCGGGAGAGGCACAGUUCCCGAAGCAGAGGAAGAAAAAGGGGCCGCAGCCGUGGCCGGGGCAGCCGCAGCCGCCACAGCCGCAGCCGCAGCCGGAGCUCCUCCAGGUCCAGGAGCCGCGGCAGGAGGACGUCGGGGAGCCGAGACUGAACUCUGCACAGCCCCAAAUCCAAAUAAACUUACCAUGUCCUUCAGU